CAACAAUCGUCAACAAUGGUGGAACGGAUUCUGUGACAUUUCUGAGGCAGUGUUCGUUUUCUGAUACGAAAAUAUCAAUAAUGAUCAAUAUUUUAAAAGUAAUAACAACUGCGAUAAUAUUUUAAUAAUAUUUCGCCUUAUAUUAAUACAAAACGUCGAGAAUGUGUGAUGUUUGUUCGGAGUUUUCACAGCUUUUAGUAAAUUGUGAAACAAGAUUAACCGACGAUGUGUCCCAGUAUCCAACUAUAAGUCAAUCCGAACUCGAAACAGUAUUAAAUUAUAUUCUUUCGUGGCCACAAAGGCAAUGUAUGUGCUGUUACCGUGAUGUGAAGAAUUUUGAAAGAUUUUAUUUGGUGGUUCAAAGCAUUCUGUGCUUAUCCGUGUGCCAACUUAAACAACUUAAAGAUGAUUUAUUAGCUUCUGUUAAAACUGAAGCAAACAGUGAUAGUCAAGAAAUACAAAAAGAACCAGAAGUUUUAAACACAUUACAAAAUGAAGAAGAAAGCUCGGAAUCAAAAGAAAAAGUUCUGGAAACAGAAAGUACAAAACCUCCAGAACCAAAUGAACCUGCAGAUGAAGCCACUAGCAUAGAUAAACCUCCUUCUGGUGAUAUGGAGACAUGGUCUAUGCAGCAGAAAGAAAAGCUAAUGCACAUAGUGUCCAAGAUAUUUCUCCUAAAUUUCCCUCUUUAUUUAGCAUGUAAACAUUCAGCACUUAGCCGGCUAGAUGACUUGUCAGCACAGGAGAUAUCAAAUCUGAGCUCAUACUGUGAUCUUCAUGAUACAGAAAUACCAGCAUAUUUACUACGGAAUGUUAGCUUAUUUUGUAAACUUGGAGGAGUUUGUGCCAUGACAUCAGUAUUUGAAAGUGCAACACCUGCUAGUCUUCCUUUGUCUAUGGCACAUGCAAUAGUGGCUGCUGUUGGUAACUUAAAAUUGUGGUUAAAUUUCAGAGCAGUUGCACAACUUUUUAUGCCUUUAAGGAGCAAGAUAUUAAAGUAUAUGUGUAGUUUGGAAGAUAAAGACUUAAGGGUGCCAGCUGUCAAGUCUAUGGCGGAUUUUAUGUGGGGUGCUGCUAAAGAACCACUUGAUGCCCCGCUAGCAUUUGACGGAGAUGGUUUGGCAUUAGCUUUCAAAUAUUUCAACAGCAGUACAUUGACCAUGAGGUUGGCUGGAGUAGCGCAGAUCAAUGCACACAUAGCUGCACAUAAUGAGCUUUGUGCAGGAGAACCAGCUGCUGAUGCAGAACUAGCUGGACAACAAUUGGCAACUUGGUUAACUAAUAAUAAUAUCAUUGAACACUUGUUCGGUCCCAACUUACAUGUUGAGGUGAUAAAACAAUCCCACAUGAUUUUAAAGUUUCUCGCUGUGGAAGGUCGAGUUACCCCCGAGCAUGUAGAGUUGGUAUGGGCGGCUGCGCAGCUCAAGCAUUGUGGUCGUCAAGUAUACGACCUACUACCUGGAUUUAUUAGGGCCUUAGCACCGAAGCCGUGUGCACAUCUGUAUAGUCUGCUAUGUUCUCUACCUCCAAAGGAACACACUGAACAGAGCCUGUACCUGGCGUCGGCGCUGAUGCGCGCCAUGUGGGCGCGCGGCGGCUGCGGCGCCGGCUCGCCCGCGCCCGAGCCGCCGCGCCUGGCGCCGCCCGUGUGCAAGCCGCACCACCGCUCCUCCUCCGAGGCCAGCGUCAGCAUGGACCAGACCAACUCCGACGACGACCCGUGUGAAGAAUUAAGUACCUCCGGGGAAGAGGCGGGACCUACACCACGAAAGCAAAGCAAACAUCAACGUGAACUUACAGCUGAGCAAGAAUGGCUCCGUGAAGGUGAAGAACUGGCUAAGAAAGAAUGUUCUUCACUUAAAUCUUGUCAAAAACGUAAUAAGCGAGCAGGAAGCAGCGGAAGUGCCAGCAGCGGUGCCGAAGAGUUGCUGCGACCGCGGAAGAAGAAACUUUACAAGAAGCGUCACAAGCCAGGCAAGACGAGGCAUUUCCUAGCGACACAAUUGAAAACUGCGGACUUAGCGGAGUCUGUGUCCGACGUGGAGGAGGAGUCGUCCGGCAGCGACACAGCGCACUGUCAACUCCUGUGCGACAACGUCGAUGCCAGCAGGCGGCUGAUGGAGCUGCGACUGAUGGAGAGCUACAAGCGGCGCGAGGAGGAAGAGGGCAGCGCGUCGUCGGCGCUGUCGGCGCACUCGCACUCGCACCGACACCUGCCCGACCUGGACGAGGACGACUCCGCCUGCGAGGAGGAGCUGGCCAGGCUCGCCGCGCGCACUGACGAACGACAUUAUUGCAUAUUUGUAGAUUAUGUGAUGAGAUGGAUAUUAUAUGGUGCGUCUAACGCUUUCGUGCAGGCGCAGUGCCUGACGGAGUACGGCGGCGUGGGCUUGGAGGCGCGACCGCCCUCGCCCGCUCCCGCGCCGCUGCCCUUCAACGUGGACGACGUGUGCCGGCCCGGGAACACGCUGUUGUGGGAUCUGCUGCAGGACGGCGCCAUUGAGCAACUCGGCGAGGGUCUGGCGUUAGAGGCGGAAAAAGCUUUAUGUGCACUGCUAUGUUUUAGUACUGACAAAUUCAUCAGAAUCAAAUUCAUAGAGGGAUGUCUAGACAAUCUCGCUAAUCAUAGAUCCGUUGCGGUAUCGUUGCGUCUACUACCAAAGUUAUUUUCGUCAUUCCAACAACUAAGAGGAAUGGAUAUGCACCAGGUGGUGAUGUGGGCGGAGCGCGAGCGCGGCAUGAUGCGGCUGUUCCUGGAGGACCUGCGGCACUACGUGUCCACGCGCGCGGGCGCGCCCGUGGGCGACGCGCAGCACUACGCGCACAUCACGGAGCUCACCGUGCGCCUGCACUUUCUCACCGCGAUAUUUUCGCCUGUCGGCUCCCCGCACCAUUUUAGACUGACGGUGGAGCAGGUGGAGGAGCUGUGGCAGUGCCUGGUGGCGCGCGGAUCGAGCGAAUGCGCAGACUGCCUGUACUCAUGGCUGCUGUCGCACACCAAGUCGCCCGACCAGCAUGCACUCGGCCUGGACGCGCUACGCUUUCUCUACGUCGAGAAAAUGCCCACACUGGAUCCAGAGACUAUCAGCAUAAUGGGCCUCAGCCUGUACCAGCAGCUGUGCAACUUGGCGCGCAUGGCGCUGGGCGCGGGCGACUCGCGCGACGCGGCGCACCCGCACACGCUGGCUAUGGACCAUCUGUGGAAGAUCGCGCUCAGAGCCAAUAGCACCGAUGUAUCGAUGGGCGCUAUUCAAUAUCUCAACAGCUACUAUAUGGGCCAACAGUUACAGCAAGAAGAUGACUUUGUUUCCAAAUGUAUGUUUCAUCUGUCAUCAGCCGCUGAGAGAUUAAUAUCUAAAAAUGAUGAUGGUCAGGGCACGUCGCUGACAUCGAGUGUUCCUAUAGAGGAAAACAAAGAGACUGAAAAAACUACAGAUAAACAGAAUAUUUAUGAGCAUAUGACCGAAGAAGCAGCAUUACAGUGUAUACAGAGGGCUUUGUUGUUGUUAAAAACACACUUAGACACAUUCAAAAGAAGAUACGCGUACCACCUGCGGCGCUGGGCGCUGGCGGAGUCGGGCGCGUGGGAGGGGGGCGCGAGCGGCGCGGGCAGCGUGCGCGUGACACUGCAGCCCGCCGGCGCCGGCCCGCGCGCCUCGCUCGCGCUGCACCAAUCCGACCUCGUGGCGCAUCUGCGUGCGCACGUGCACGUCUGGUGGGAGAGACAGAUACAAGGGGAAGAAGGAGUCACUGCGCUUGCAACGGAUGGCCCUCUCCGAAUGAUAACCCAGGGCCAGGAGUUGACGAUCGACUAUGAUGAGCGGACGCUUUACGACAUGGGUUUUAAGGAUAAUCAGUUGGUGUUCGUGUCGGUGGGCGUGGGCGGUCGCGGCGCGUGGGCGGAGUGGCCGUCCGCGCAGCCGGCGCCGGCGCGCGCCCGGCUGCCCACCCACCUGCUGCUGGACCCCACCUACUUUCACCACUUAUUCACGCUAAUGCAGGCGCUCGGCCAGAUGAAGGAGCCAGGGACUGGGGAGCCUGUAGCUCAUACUAAGGCACAACUUUUAUCUCGGCGUGUCUGGGACAUUCUUCAAGCUGUGCCUCUUAACCCUACACUUCUGGAAGCAUUUCAAAACCCAUCAGAGAACAAGCUUCCAGAACUCUUAGACCCAAUGAGUCCACAGAAACUAAUGUAUUCUCUACAUAUUAUAGACAAACUAAGUUCAAAUAACAAUGGUUCUAAUGUGAAGGAACCCACCAGUAACUUGGAUAAGACUGAAGAGAAAGUGUGCGUAGAGAAUUGGAAUGAAUUAUUUAUUAAGAAGGGUGGACUGAGGUUGCUAUAUGAUAUUAUGAUGUCAGGCGUUUUACAGCGGAGCGACGACAGCGAGUGGCGUCAAGACUGCCUUGCGUUAUUACUGCAGUUGCUGUGUCGCAUCGGAACAUUGCCCACCUCAGAAACCGGACAGACUCCAAAACUACACCCAGCUCUACUGUCUUUGAUGAACGUGGAGGAAACGACGGAGAGGUUGAUAUCAAUACUAUGCGAAGCGGCCACAAUGAAGGAACCCACCACAUACAAGACUGGAUUUUGGGGGAGGGCGCAGGUGGUGCAGCACGCGAUGCGCGUGUGCGUGGUGUGGGCGCGCGGCGGCGGCGACGCCGUGGCGCUGGCGUGGUCGCUGCGCCGCGCCGCGCCGCGCCUGCUGCUGGACGACGCCGACCCCGCCGUUCGUCGCGAGGCAGGCAGCGCGCUGUACCGCCUGUGCGCAGGCGGCGAGACGGGUGUGCUGGCUCCUCUACUGCAACUUUUGCUGCAGCAUUUGCCUCGUGCUGCCGAUAUGCGACCGCAUAAUUACCACCACCAUGAGGUUGCUCAUCAUCACGCCGAAGAAGGAAAAGAGCCAUAUGGUCCAGCAUGUAGAGACUACUUUUGGCUUGUAUGUAGAUUGAUAGAUGGGUUACCAGAAGACUUUUUUAAAGAAGGUGCAGUCGCAGAAGAUAGUGGAGCUCCAGAUUUAAACGAACUCUGUGAACAAAUCCGUUGUUCUCUUGAAAAACGUGAGAUAAUAGAGAAACGUUCUGAGCCAUGUACCCCUGACGACGGAUUGUACGGCCAACUGAGUCUCCUCACGCAUUUAUCGAAACAUCCCUUACGUUUCAAAAACUCAGAACAAGGAACUAGAACUUUAGAAAUGGUUUUCGGGUUUCUGUUCGACGUCCCCAACCCCUCCCAGAGAAAUCUUCCCAAGUGCAAGUCGCAGAAGUCUCGCGCUGCAGCUUACGACCUGUUAGUGGAACUGGUACGGGGCGCGCCAGACAACUAUAUGGUCCUGCACCACAAGCUCAUGGAACAUCACAAACCUGGCCCGUCGUCGUCGUACCCGUGGGACUACUGGCCGGCGGAGGAGUCCCGCUCGGAGUGCGGCUACGCGGGGCUCACCAACCUGGGCGCCACGUGCUACAUGGCGUCGUGCAUGCAGCACCUGUACAUGAUGCCGGCGGCGCGCGCGGCCGUGCUGCGCGCCGACCCCGCCCACAGCCGCCACGCGCCCACGCUGCACGAGAUGCAGCGCAUGUUCGCCUACCUCAUGGAAAGUGAACGCAAGGCGUAUAAUCCGCGUAGUUUCUGCAAAGUCUACCAGAUGGAUCACCAGCCACUGAACACUGGCGAACAGAAAGACAUGGCAGAGUUUUUUAUAGACCUCGUCUCCAAGCUCGAGGAAAUGACUCCCGAACUAAAAAAACUAGUCAAGACGCUGUUUUGCGGCGUCUUAAGUAACAACGUUGUAUCAUUGGACUGCCCGCACGUGUCUCGCACGCUGGAGGAGUUCUACACGGUGCGCUGCCAGGUGGCGGACAUGCGCAACUUGCACCAGAGCCUGGACGAGGUCACCGUCAAGGACACGCUGGAGGGCGAUAACUGCUACACGUGUUCGCAGUGUGCCAAUAAAGUUCGCGCCGAGAAACGGGCAUGUUUUAAGAAACUACCUCGCAUCCUUUGCUUCAAUACGAUGCGGUACACUUUCAAUAUGCUCACGAUGCUCAAGGAGAAAGUCAACACGCAUUUCUCUUUUCCCAUGCGGCUCGACAUGUCUGGCUAUGUCGAGAAACAUUUGAUGCCGGCGCAAUACCAAGAGGAAAAAAUUAAAUCAGCUGAGUUAAAAAAAGAUGGCGAAAGUAGUUCUUACAAUGAAACUGAAGAUUCAGAUACUGAGGAGCAUUAUGAAUACGAGCUGAUAGGCGUGACGGUGCACACGGGCACGGCGGACGGUGGCCACUACUACUCGUUCAUCCGCGACCGCGAGCACGAGCUGCACGACCGCUGGCUGCUGUUCAACGACGCCGAGGUCAAGCCCUUCGACCCCGCGCACAUCGCCGCCGAGUGCUUCGGAGGGGAGAUGACCAGUAAAACAUACGAUUCGGUGACUGACAAAUUUAUGGACUUCUCCUUCGAGAAGACAAACAGUGCUUAUAUGUUGUUCUACGAGCUAAGUCCGCCGCGCAAUCAGCGUGGUUCAGACUGUGGCCAGCAGGAGGAAGCACAGUCGUCGCGGGCGGAGGAGAGCGCCAGCGCGGCCGUGGAGCGGCGCGAGGCGGCGCCGGCCGUGCAGCUGCCGCCCGAGCUGCUGCGCUGGAUUUGGGACGACAACAUGCAGUUCCUGCACGACAAGAACAUAUUCCAGCACGCGUAUUUCACGUUCAUGGGUCAGAUGUGCAGCUCCGUACCGCAAUCGCUACUCACGCUGAGGCCGGAGAUCACAGAGGUCGCCGCCAGACUGUCGACCUCUUUCUUCAUCGAAACCUUUAUACACGCCAAGGAAAAGCCUACCAUGGUGUCGUGGGUGGAGUUGGUGACGAAACAGUUCAACGCGUCCGCCGCGGCCUCGGAGUGGUUUCUCGGUCACAUGGCUGAUGACACGUGGUGGCCGAUGCAGGUGUUAAUAAAAUGUCCGAAUCAAAUGGUUCGACAAAUGUUUCAGAGGCUAUGCAUGCAUGUUAUACAAAGGCUGAGAUCUAGUCAUUGUGCCUUGUAUCUUCAGGGUAUGGAGGAAAGUGAAGACAAUAGCAAAUUAGGAGAAGCGAGUUGUGUUACUAGGUUUAUAAGGAUGUUAUUGUCUUUGAUGGAAAGCGGAGCGCGGUCUCAUUUACGGCACCUGACGGAGUACUUCAGCCUGCUGUACGAGUUCAGCAAGAUGGGCGAAGAGGAGGGCAAGUUCAUGUUGAGAGUCAACGCUAUCUCCUCAAUGGUCAACUUCUACUUGGGACAAAACUCUAACACGGUGGAAUCCCCCAGCGAGGAGGCGAGUGGCAGCGGCAGCGGCAGCGGUGCGACGGACGGCUGCGGAGACAAGCUGCGGCCCGGCGCGCUCGACAAGAUGGUGGCGCUCGUCAGCGGCCUCGUGGAGCGCUCGCGGGACCCCGCCGGCCACCUGGCGCUGGCCGAGCCCGACGCGCGUGCGCUGCUGCACGCCAAGGGGUUUCCUUUCAUCUAUCAGCAAACGAGGGACAGUCUAAAUCUACAGCAGACUAGAUCUCUAAUCUUCGCUCUGUGUCGGUGGAACGAAGCUCUCGCCCAAAAAAUUGUGAAUAUGAUCUUCCAGGCGAUCGCGAAACACUCGGAAAGCUGCGGGCCGUUUUUUAAGCUCCUGACGCUGCUAGUGGAGGGCAGCGGCGGCGGAGCGGGAGCGUCGGGCGGCUUGCCGUGCUUCACGCAGCUGGUGCUGGCGCGGCUGUGGGAUGCCGGCGACGUGUGCCCGCACGCGGCGCUGGAGUGGCUCGCCAUGCAGGUGCCGCGCAACAAGGCGGCCCACGCGUGGGCGCUGCGCACGGCAGACCGCUGGCUGGAGGCGCAGCUGCUGGCGGCGGGCGCGGCGCGGGUGCGGGCGGCCGCCGCGCUGCUGCUGGUGGCGCUGGUGCCGUCGCAGCACUUCCGCGCGGGGUACGCGCGGGCGCGCCCGCUGCCUGCGCCCGCGCUCCACCUCGCCAAGCUGCCCGACACGGCGCACCACACGCUGCACCAGGUGUAUACGAUGCUGUUAGGCAAAUUAAAAGCUGCCAGAAAAUACACUGACAUCGCCGUCCACGGAACUAUGAAGCUGACUGCGUAUUUUGGAGUUAUGUCGUAUUGUGUCGUAAGCAGGGUUGAGAAACUAAUGUUCGGUCAGUAUUUCAACGAUCUGUGGGAGCUAUACCAUCCUGCGAUAUCGGAGCCGUCGGUGGCGGUGCAUCCCAACAAGCAGGCACUGCUCACAUUUUGGCACGCCGUGUCUGUCGACUGUCCUGAAAACGUGCAACUAAUGCUAGCCAACCAGCGCCUCACUAAACACAUAGCAUUCAAUUAUAUUCUUGCGGACCACGAGGACGGCGAGGUGGUGGCGUACAACCGCGCGAUGUUGCCGCCGUACUACGCGCUGCUGCGCCUGUGCUGCCGCCGCUCGGGCGCCUUCGCGCGUGCACUCGCGCAGCAUCAGAACAUACACUGGGCCUUCCGCAACAUCGCGCCGCACGCGCACCUCUACCCCGGCGCCGCGGACGAGCUGCUCAGGCUAGCGCGAAUCCUGGCGGCUCGCGGUGGUGCGGGGGGCGCGGGCGGCGCGGAGGGCGUGGACGCGCGCGAGGCCGCCGCCUUCCGCCGGAGCACGCUCUCCGCUUAUUUACAGGGUUUAAAUGGACGGACGUGCUGGACGACGUUAAUAUCGGCGUUCUGCACGCUCGUUGAGAAUGAGGACGAUAGACUGUAUGUAGUUUACAACGGUGGACUGCAAAUGACUUUUGAAGCACUGCACAGCCUACACGCGGUGUACGUGGAAGGCGGCGGGGUUGGCGGCGUGGGCGGCGCGAGUGCCGGCGCGGGCAGCGCCGUGCGCGCGGAGCUGGGCGCGGCGCUGCGCUGGGCGCGGGCGCUGUGCCGCACGCUGCGCCUGCGCCGCGACGCCAAGGAGGCGCGGGCGCUGCUGCUCGCCUGCAAAGACUGGCCCGAAUGCGCCCGCCGCCUGCUCACGCUGCUCAACCUGCACCAGCGCACUCCGCGGCUGCCGCACGCCGCUCUCGGUGUUCUCCGUGAGCUGGUUCUAAUCGGCGGCGGGGCGGCGCUCGGCGCGCUCGUGCCGCUGGCGGCAGGCGCGCACGCCGCGGCCCGCGCGGCAUCGCGCCCGCGCUUGCGCACGGCGCACGCGCACGCGCACCCGCACUCUCCGCCGCGCCCCGCCUUCUACCGCCCCUACCACAAGUUCAUCGACACGUGUUGUCGAGUCGCGCGGAGUCAGCGCUGCAUGUCGGAGCAGCUCGUGCUGCUGUCAGCAUUGUGCGCCCUCGAGGCGGUACCGCUUCGUUUUAAUUAUUUCGCAACCUUCUGGAGAGACGUUGCGACGUCACCGGCGGACGCGAAGUUAGAAGAAAUGUUGCUGGAAUGUAGUGUUGUGUCGGAGUACGUUGAUGCGGUGUUAUUGGACGAACGAGAAUCGCUAGCCGAUCCUGCCAUCUACGACUUCAUGCAGCAUUAUUAUCCCAAACUGGGAGGGGCGACGAGUCCGUGCGCAUCGGGUGCGUCUAGCGUGGCGGGGGGGUCGGGCAGUUCGGGCGCGGUGGGCGGCUCGUCGCGGGCGGCCGAGGCAUUGGCCGAGGAGCUGGCCGGCAGCGCAGCUCGGGCGCCGCUCGUCACGUUGGUGGGCAGUACGCGGGCGCUGCUGCUGAUGGCAGAGCGUGCACGUCCGACGACGGGUUCAUCGUUAGCGCGCGCUUUACAUCGAGCUGCCACCGCGUUACACCAAAGGCUACUUAGACCCACCGAAGAAGAAACCGGCGAGACAGAGGCGGGAGGUCCGACGAGCGAGGCGCGUUGUCCGUCCGCGGAGGGCAGCGAAGGCGAGGAGCCACUGGAGGAGUCCGAUGAGUCCGCCGAGGAGGCGGCGCCUGCGUUGCCCGACCUGCUGCCAUUGCUGUCGCACGCCUUGCGCCGCCUGCACCAGCUGCAGCCGCCCGACGACUGAGCGUCGCUACGAGGACAUUACUCUCAUUCUAUCUCUAUGAGAAUAUUUCGAUAGACUUAUAACUGAACCCUGGACUGUGACAUCAGAACGACUCUUAAAAUCCACCUUUACCACAUUGAAAUUUAGAUUAUGAAAUGAGAGCACUUUAAAAAUAAACCGCAUUGUGUUUGAUAUACCUCACGGUUUUUUUCUAGUAAACCGUUACAAAUUAGAUUUUUUAAGCACACAUAUCUGUAAAUAUUAUAUGUCUGCAACCUGUAAUUAUUCUCAAUAUUAAAAUAAUGGCUACUCUGUAGCGUGAAUCGAAUUAAAUUUUGAUUAUUAAGUUUAGCUGCAAAUCACUAGUUUUAUGAAAUAUCUUACUUUGAAAACUUAUUUUAAAUUUUUAAAACAUGUAAACAAUAUAUUUGGGAAACUCGUCCCAUUUAUCGUUUAAUAAUUUAUAUAUUUGUUGCACUACUUACAAUGAAAAUUGUUUGAAGGCUAAAUAAAAUCUAGUAGAAAAGAAAAUAUGAAAAUCGUCGUAAUAUUGUUGCAAAGUGAAUCCGGUGCUUAUGUUAAAAUAUGUGCAGUUAGUUUCAUUUAUUUAUUAUUAAAUUAAAUUUGUAAUUAAAAAUUCAUGACAUAAAAAUGUUAAAUAUUUUUGGAACAUUCCAAGCUUUGAUCAAUUAACUUCUACGAAUAGGAGUUAGGGUAUAUUUCUAUCUGUUUUACAAUAAGUAAAAUACAAAUUAAUACACCCAAUUCACCGCUCUUACGUGGAAGUGUAUCGUGUAUCGAUUUUAACUUCAUAUGACGAUUUCUUUGUAAGAGUAUUUGAAAAACAAUUCAGACGACCAAAUUUAAUAUGUUUUGGGUAUUUUGGCUUGUUUUUCAAAAGGAUAGAUGCUCAAUAUGUAAUUUUAUAAAAAUUUUUAGAUAUUGCCUUUUUCGUUUAGUGUAUAAGGAGUUUGUAACAAACGAUGCUUAAAGUAAAUAUGUAUAGAGUCUGUUUCCUACCUGUUUGAAAUGACUAUUUUAUUUAUGUUUAACAUUGUAUGUAAUUGGUCGCAGAUAUUUUAGUAUUAUAUCGGAGGUCGGAUGAAACAAAAUCAACUAUCUCUUUUACCCGUAUGUUUAAAACACUGCAGGUAUAUGUCAUACUUAAUUUUGCUUGUUUAAUUGUAUCACAAUUAUAAACAUGGUCUUUUAAUUAACAUAUUUUUCAAAAUUCCUCAUUUUGUUACUUAUUUAAAAGAUUGAUGUUAACUUGUAAUACUUUUUAUUCCGACCCCAAAUGUAAAUUAUGUUAGUUCUAUGACCGUAAUAUUAGGUAAUUAAAUAUUGUGUAUUGAGUGUAACUAAAAUAAUGGUAGAUGUUUUUAUCGUAUCGCUUGAUCCUGACAGAAUCUCUUGGAAUAAAUUCAAUUCAUUCCCAGAUGAGAU